AUGGCAUCAAAAACUUCAUCAACAUUGUUUUGCAUGACGAUUCUUAAUGAGCCAAACAUAGUGCCGACCGACAAGAAGAAGGAACACAUCAAGCGACCCAUGAACGCAUUUAUGGUAUGGGCUCAAGCAGCACGUCGCGUUAUGUCAAAACAGUAUCCAAAUUUACAAAAUUCUGAACUCAGCAAAUCUUUGGGGAAGCUAUGGAAGUGA